CACAGACACCGCCUCAGCCUCCGCACGUGUGACAGGAGAAGCUGGGCAGAUCCGCCCCCGAGAUCCGCUCCAGCGCUGGGCCUGAUCUAGAUCACUCGCGCAAUGCACUUUCCCGGUAAAAUCGCUGUGCACAUGCGCGCUGGGAGCAGGGCUGUCUAGGGGCGGAGCAUCGUAUGACGUCACUGUGCCCGCUGACAGCGGGACACGGACUUUCCAGAAGCGGCAGAAAUUUCUGCGGGCGAAUUGGACAUGUAUUGAGCCGAUGUCUUACAUCCGCUUCUCUGUGCCUGCUUUCCCCCUCCCAUCCAGCUCCCAGCAGAAGAAGCGCCUCGAGGACAGAGAGCACCUCGGUGAGCGCCCCUCACCGCCGCCGCCUGGUCCCUGCAGCAGGAGCUUUAACCAGAGCUACUUUUAGGCCGGGUGAUUUGAAAUCGCUCGUGCGCUUGCGCGCCCCCGCAGGACUACAUUUCCCAGGAGCGAGGAGAGGACUCGGAUUCCGACGCAAGGCCCGGCUGCCUCUGGGCAGGCGCAGUCGGGGAGGUGUCUGUUUUCGGCCCGUCCCUCUGCCUCAGGAGAAUACUGGGGAGACAUGUUCCCCUCGAGGAAAUUAUUGACAUUCCAAGAUGUUGCUGUGGAAUUCACCCAGGAGGAAUGGAGUUAUUUGGAUCCUGGUCAGAAGGACAUGUACAGGGACGUGAUGCUGGAGAACUAUGAGAACUUUGUCUCUCUUGGAUUUCUAGUAACUAAACCAACUGUGAUUUCUCAGCUGGAGAGACAUGAAGACCCCUGGCUAUCAGGGGAAGAAGACCCCAGAUGGAUUUCUGAGGAUUCCCCUGUUGAAAAAAGAGAAUGUGAAACCAAGGAGCUAACUCCACAACAGUAUAUUACUAUCAGAGAGACAUCCAAAGAGGGACUCAUAAAGGAUGAUUUCUACAAAUCCAAAUUGGGAGAAGCUUGUAAUUAUGACACUGGAUUAGAAAGGCAGAUAAACAAAUUGGAAAGACAGUCCAUGAAGCUAGUAAUUAAGCAUAGGAAAACAUGUAGCAGAAUUUCCAUAGUGAACAAUUUUUGUAAGUUUAAUAAAUACAAGAAGCUUUUCAGUUACUACCCAAAACUGAAUCAUUACCAUAGAGUGUGUUCUGAAGAAGAACCUCAUGGAAUUAAUGAAUGUGGCAAAACCUUCCACAUCAAUUCAGGUGUUAGUAGUGUACGGGGAGGAAUUCAUGCUGGAGUGAAAGCUGGUAAAUUUGGUGAAUAUGGUAAUGCAUCUGGCUGCAAACCAUACCUUAGUGUUCAACAGAAAAAUCUUCAGGAAGAAAAGCCUAUUGAACGUUAUGAUAAUAGUAGCAAAACUUUUAGGAAGUGGGGAUAUCUUUCUCCACAUAAUAGACUUCCUUCUGAAGAGAAACCCUAUAAAUGUAAUGAAUGUGGAAAAGCUUAUAAGGACAAAGACUCCUUUAAUAAACAUGAGCGAAUUCAUACUGGAGAGAAACCUUAUAAAUGUAAUGAAUGUGGAGAAGCCUUCAGGUUGAAAAGAAGCCUUGUUGUACAUGGAACAACUCAUAGUGGGGAGAACCCCUAUAAAUGUAAUAAAUGUGGGAAAGCCUUCACUCGGAUCGAUAGUCUUAAGAGGCACGAGAAAAUUCAUACUGGAGAGAAACCAUUUGUAUGUAAACAAUGUGGAAAAGCCUUCAUGUUUAAGGGAAUCCUUGACAUACAUGAGGUAAUUCAUUCUGAACAGAUGCCUUAUAAAUGUAAUGAAUGCGGGAAAGCCUUCAAACUUAAGGGAACCCUGAAUAUACAUAAGAGAAUUCAUACUGGAGAGAAACCGUAUAAAUGUAAUGAAUGUGGAAAAGCCUUCACUCAGAAGUAUCACCUUAAUAUUCAUAAAAGUAUUCAUACUGGAGAGAAACCCUAUAAAUGUAAUGAAUGUGGAAAAGCUUUCACUCAGACGUAUCACCUUAAUAUGCAUAAGAAAAUUCAUACUGGAGAGAAACCAUAUAUUUGUAAAGAAUGUGGGAAAGCCUUCAUGUUUAAGGGAAGGCUUGAUAUACAUGAGGUAAUUCAUACUGGACAGAAACCCUAUAAAUGUAAUGAAUGUGGGAAAGUCUUCCGCCAAAAGGGAGGCCUUAAUUCACACAAAAGAAUUCAUACUGGGGAGAAACCCUUUAAAUGUAACGAAUGUGGAAAAGCCUACCACCAGAAGGCAGGCCUUGAUUCACAUAAGAGAAUUCAUACUGGAGAGAAACCCUUUAAAUGUAAUGAAUGCGGGAAAGCCUACCAGCAGAAGGCAGGUCUUAAUUCACAUAAGAGAAUUCAUACUGGAGAGAAACCCUUUAAAUGUAAUGAAUGCGGAAAAGCCUAUAGGCAGAAGGUAGGCCUUAAUUCACAUAUGAGAAUUCAUACUGGAGAGAAACCAUUUAAAUGUAAUCAAUGUGGAAAAGCCUUCAGGGAGAAAGGCAGUCUUAAUUCACAUAGGAAAAGUCAUAACUCAUAUGAAACUAUGUAAUGAAUGUGGAAAAACCUUCAAAGUUAAGGAACAUCUUAAUAGACAUAAGAAAACUCAUACUGAUGUGAAACUCUAUAUAUGUGAUGAAUGUAGAAAAGUCUUCAAAUGUAAGGAAUACCUUAAUUCACAUAAGAGAUUUCAUAUUGGAGAGAAACCUUAAAAAUGCAAGGAAGUUGGAAAACUGUUUAAGUGUAUAGAAACUUUAAAAAAUAAAGAAAUUCCUUCUGGAGGGAAGUCCUUUGAAUGUACUGAUGUUGAAGGAGACUAUGGCUGAAAUCCAAACUUUGCAAAAUAAAAAAUGAGAAAUUGAGAAAACUUUCUUGUACAGUUCAAACCUUAACUUAUAUCAAAUAAUAUAUCCUGGUGAGAAAUGAAAGGGUAAAGAAUGUGAGAAAGCAUUCAAAUAGCAGGCACACUUUAUUUUACAUGAAAAUAUCUUCACUGGCUCAAGCUGAUAUAAUACCUUAGACAGUCAUACUGAUUGAGCAAUUGGAUUUGGGCCAACACUCUUAUAUAAGCAGUGGACAUGGAGGAGAUGGGGGACAAGAUCCAGGGAGGAGUAGUUUGAGAUAUUGACACUUCUGUGCAAAAGUUAUAUCAAGAUAACUAGAUAAUCUCAGAGGUUGAACACAGUACAGAUUAGAAAGUAAGUAAACUCCAGUUUCACUUGAUUCUAUUGUAAUAAGACAAGUUCUACUUGUUUCAUUAUCCAGAUAAUGGGGAACAGAUGAACUUGUUUAAAGACCAGAUCAUAAAUACUAGCCCUUAUUAUUAUCUCAGUUUUUCUAAUUAAAUUAAAGGUAAUUUUUAAUCUUCUCCCCCAUCACUGUUAUAUUUUAUUUUUUUCCAAUUAAAUAUUGUAAAGGGCUGAAACUCUUGAGUUAAUGCACUGAGAUUG